UAAACUGGUCGCACAGGUGAAACUACUUUCACUUCCAAACCUGCCUUCGUCUUUUCAAACUGCUGAACAAAAUGGAUUUCUUUCUUUCCUUGCUCUGUUUUAAUUUAAAUGACCUUUAUAUUUUUAAACUGCUGAACAAAAUUGAUAUUUUGCUGGUUUUAUUCUGUUUUAGUGUAUUGUGCAUGAGGGGAGUGAAUGAGUUCAAGGAGAAGAUUUCGGCAGUAUCAAAUAAUAGACAUUUCAUAGUCAUUCACAAUGAUGCUACUACAACAAAGCCAGACGAUCACAUACUGUGGAUGUUUGGAGCUGAAAACAUUCACAAUCCUCACGGUUAUGAAUGGAUAAUCUCUAAAAUUGACAGUCAUGUGAGAUUUAAAGAUAAGCAGAGUAGGUGGCACACAAUUUGGAACUACAGCAGCUAUGGUUGUGGAGAAAAACCAAGGCCAGACAAGUUCGCAAGGUCAGCAUCUUCCUCGUGUACAAUACCUGCUGCAAAUAUUUCACUGAUGGAAAGAGAGAAUGUUAAUUUACACACCGAUGUUGCUGAACUACAAGAAGGUGAUUUGAUCAAAUGGUGGACUAAAAGUCAAGAAAUAGCUGAAGUCACUAAACAGAGUGUGACUAUACAUGAUAACAAAAUCAAAGACAGAAUUGAAUUAGACAAUCAGACUGGAUCUCUAACCAUCAAGAACAUCAGAACCACAGACUCUGGAGAUUAUGAAUGCUUCAUCAAAAAAGGGAACACAGGAUUAUACAAGUGCUUUACUGUUACAGUCUACGGUGAUUUACCCAUUCCUGACAUUAGGAGAGUCUCUUCAGCAUCAUCAUCAGAAAGAUCUUUAAGCUCAAAAUGUGUGUUGUUGUGUUCAGUGUUGAAUGUGAGAGAUGUGAGUCUGUCCUGGUACAAAGGAAACAGUUUAUUGUCCAGCAUCAAUGAGUCUGAUCUCAUCAGACUCUCUCUACCUCUGGAGGUUGAAUAUCAGGAUACAAACACAUACAGAUGUGUGGUGAACAAUCCCAUCACAAACCAAACUCAACAUCUCAAUAUCACUCAUCUCUGUCAGCCGUUUCCAGGUUCUGAAGAGACUUCCCACACUCAUUCAAACUUGAUAGGCAUAGCAGUAGUGUUGGUUGUGGUCAUGAGUCUAGCAGCAGCAGCAGCAGCAGCAAUAGCUUUUUGUAAGAGAAAACACAAUCAGGACAAUGGGCGACUCAACAGAGAUGAGACUUCUGCACCUCUAGCAGAUUCAAAUGAAGUCUGAGACACAGGGCACGUGACUGCGGUAGUGCAGGAACUUCAUAUUUGCCCAAUAAAAAACAACACUUGAUAUCACAAAUGUCUUAACUUACUGUGCAAGAAAAGUUCAAAUGAAAGUAUGAUUUAAUGACUGAACAAGUUUAGUAUUAAAUUCAAGACUGGUUCUGUAUUGCUCACAUUUUAAUUUAAUGUAAAUGACAUGAAUGAUUAUAUUAUUUUCAUUUACUUAAAUGAAUACAAAGUGCAUAACUAGCAAAAUGCUUUUUCCAGGAUGAGGGUGGUAGGGGCAUGUCAUAAUUGAUUCAUAAAAAGACAUAUAACAUUCAUAGUAUUUGGAAAAAUAUGUUUAUUUUUGUAUUCAUUGCAUGUAAUAGAUAUCCAUGUGACCGAUUUACAU